AUGGUCUUAGCAUAUCAAAGUCUUGGUGUAGUCUAUGGUGACCUCAGCAUUUCUCCACUCUAUGUUUACAAAAGCACAUUUGCUGAGGAUAUUCAUCACUCGGAAACAAACGAAGAGAUUUUCGGCGUACUUUCAUUCGUUUUCUGGACGUUAACACUCGUCCCUCUUUUUAAAUACGUGUUCAUAGUUCUCAGAGCUGAUGAUAACGGUGAAGGUGGUACUUUCGCGCUUUAUUCAUCGAUAUGUCGUCAUGCUAAAGUAAGCCUCUUACCAAACAGACAAGUUUCGGAUGAAUCGUUAUCCACAUACAAGUUGGAGCAAUCUCCAGAGAGAAAAUAUGAUUCUAAAGUGAAAAUGUUGCUUGAAAAGUAUAAGUUUUUGCAUACCGCUUUACUGAUCUUGGUUCUUCUCGGCACUUGUAUGGUAAUCGGCGAUGGGCUACUUACUCCCGCCAUUUCUGUUUUCUCUGCAGUUUCUGGCCUUGAGUUAUCCAUGUCUAAAGAUCAUCAUCAGUAUGCAGUGAUCCCUAUUACUUGCUUCAUACUAGUGUGCCUGUUUGCUCUACAACACUAUGGCACGCAUCGCGUUGGUUUCUUUUUCGCUCCGAUUGUGUUGCUAUGGCUGAUAUGCAUUAGUGCCCUUGGAUUAUACAAUAUAAUCUAUUGGAAUCCACAUGUUUAUCAAGCUCUUUCACCAUAUUAUAUGUUGAAGUUCUUCAAGAAGACCAAGAAACAAGGAUGGAUGUCUCUAGGAGGAAUUUUACUGUGCAUAACCGGCUCAGAAGCAAUGUUUGCGGAUCUCGGCCACUUCUCUUAUGCUGCAAUUCAGAUCGCGUUUACAUUUCUGGUUUAUCCGGCACUCAUACUUGGUUACAUGGGUCAAGCAGCUUACUUGUCAAGAAACCACCCAAAUGCGGAUCAAAUCAGCUAUUAUGUCUCGGUACCAGAAAGUUUGAGGUGGCCCGUGCUUGCAAUAGCCAUUCUUGCGUCCGUUGUAGGAAGCCAAGCGAUCAUCAGCGGGACAUUCUCAAUCAUCAACCAAAGUCAAUCACUAGGUUGUUUUCCACGAGUCAAAGUUGUGCAUACAUCCGACAAGAUUUAUGGUCAAAUCUACAUACCCGAGAUUAACUGGAUACUCAUGAUCCUAUGUAUUGCUGUCACCAUCGGAUUCCGAGACAUCAAACACAUGGGAAAUGCAUCAGGAUUGGCAGUAAUGGCGGUGAUGCUGGUGACUACUUGUCUUACAUCUUUAGUGAUCAUUGUUUGUUGGCAUAAACCGCCAAUUAUCGCUCUUUUGUUCUUAUGUUUCUUCGGGUCAAUCGAAUUACUCUACUUCUCGGCUUCUUUAGUCAAAUUCCGCGAAGGUGCGUGGCUUCCGAUCCUACUAGCACUCUUUUUAGUGACCAUAAUGUUCAUUUGGCACUACACCACUAUCAAGAAAUAUGAAUAUGAUCUUCACAAUAAGGUUUCCUUAGAGUGGCUACUAGCCUUGGGUCCCACUUUGGGCAUUUGUAGAGUCCCCGGGAUCGGGCUCGUGUUCACUGACUUAACCUCGGGAAUCCCCGCGAACUUCUCGCGGUUUGUCACCAACCUUCCUGCUUUUCACCGUGUCUUGGUGUUUGUUUGUGUGAAAUUUGUCCCUGUUCCUUUUGUCCCUCCUGCCGAAAGGUACCUAUUAGGUCGUGUGGGUCCCGCGUCUCUUCGAUCUUAUAGGUGCAUUGUGCGGUAUGGGUAUCGAGACGUCCACCAGGAUGUUGACUCAUUCGAGUCUGAUCUCGUUCAAAGGCUAGCCGAUUUCAUCCGCUAUGAUUGGUCCCGCCCACCAAGUACCGACCGUGGUAAUGAGGAUCAUGCAUCUGCUUCAGACCGGUCUUCGGGUGAACACAGGCUAGCAGUGAUAGGAAACACAGAAUUCUCUCGAAGCCCAGGCUUUGAGGAGAACGGAAACAUGCAACAAGAAAGUGCAUCUCUCGGGUUCCAAACAGUCGAAAGCAUAGGCGACAUCAUUGAGAUGAGUACACCCAAAGAGAGACGAGUUCGGUUUGCUGUCGAAGAUCCUGAAAACCCGACUGAUGUUCAAAUGAGACAAGAACUCGAAGAUCUGAUCGCGGCUCAACAAAGUGGGACCGCCUUCAUACUCGGGCAUUCACAUGUAAAAGCAAUACAAGGGUCGUCGGUUUUUAAAAGAUUAGCAGUUGAUUUCGGUUAUAAUUUCUUACGGAGGAAUUGUCGUGGGCCGGAUGUGGUGCUCAACGUCCCUCCGGCUUCUUUGUUGGAAGUCGGUAUGGUUUAUGUUGUAUAAACUUAGUUAUCUGUAGCUAGUUUACUGUUCAUAAUACCGAAAUGUUUAAACACAA